AAUUUUUGAUAUUGGAAACAUGUGCUAUAUGAGAUCAGAUUUACUGAUGUUGUUGAGAGAGGUUUUUGUAUCUUGUGCUUUACAACUGCUAUUAUUUUGAUUCUCUUUUCUCUAGUGGCUGAUCUACUGCAGCAGUCUAUUGGCAGGGCUUCUUUUGCCUAUUUCAGUUCAAAAUGUUUCUACAUGCUUCUUUGGUCUCUAGCAAUUUGGAGGAUGGGUCUGUCUUUUAUAGGCAUUUCUGGUGUUGCAGUAUUCCAUGAUAUCAUCAGUUCGUUUGGAUGGGAAGUGGUAGUUUUGAAGCUUGUAGAUCUCUCUCUCUCUAGGGGGAUGCAACUUUGGUUCUUGAUAAAAAUGAAGUUCUGCAAUCUAUAAACUCUGCACCGUGGGCAACUACCAAACAAUGUACUCUACUAAAUGCUUAGGGCUCGUUUGGUUCGCCGGAAGCUGUCAUGUCUCAACAGAUUGAGGCUUAAAGCUAAGCAAAAUGAAGUUUGAGCAGGGUAUAGAAACUCAGCAAAAAGUACUCCGAGAAGUUACAAGUCAGCAUUGCAUCCCACUUUACAUUUGAUGACAGCCAGGAUUAGAGCUGGGAGCAAUGAUGCCAUUCUUCAGCAAAAAGUCGCUUAGGCCAUAGAAGAAUAGGAAGUGUCGCGGCCGGAAAGAAUUCCCUCCAACGUAAGAAAACGAUACAAUACCGAACAAACGUCCAAAGAAUAUUAUCCAAGCAUCAAUGUUCCGGCUCCUUGCCUUGAAUAUAAAGGCUCCUGCUCCCUCGGAGCCCCACAAACACCUCAUGCCUCCAUGGUCCGGCAAGAAAAGAACAAAGUCGAGCUGGCAACUCCCAAUAUAUACUACCCAUUACCAGCAUUUAAUCAUCAAUGGCGGGUCAGGGUGUAAAGCCUAUAGCUUCUCUUCUUCUCGGCCUCAACUUCUGUAUGUAUGCCAUAGUGGCGGCCAUUUCAGGUUGGGCCCUCAAUGUUGCCAUCGAUCGAGGCUUCAUUAUAGGGCCAGGACUUGUACUUCCGGCUCACUUCUCGCCGGUAUUCUUUCCGAUCGGGAACGCCGCCACUGGUUUUCUCGUGAUAUUUGCACUGAUAGCUGGAGUUGUUGGUGCUGCUGCGGCCAUUGCCGGAGUUCACCACAUCCGCACCUGGAACUACGAUAGCUUGCCGUCGGCUGCAUCUUCUGGUAUUGUAGCGUGGGCUCUCACUCUCCUUGCAAUGGGUUUGGCCUGCAAAGAGAUUGAAUUGAAGGGAAGAAAUGCGUGCCUGAGAACAGUAGAGGCAUUCUUGAUCAUUCUUUCAGCAACACAGCUCGUAUACAUUCUUGCCAUACAUGGAGUAAGGAGGAUUUGAAUGAAGGAUGAAACUGUUUGAGCUUGGAUUGAAGUGUUAUUCGAUUGUUAUUUUUUUUAUUGAUUUCUCCAGCACCUCAUUUAUGUAUUCCAUUUGAGAUUGAGGGUUAUAAAGUUCGAUUUGUGUGGUGUGGUUGAACAAGAAUAUUCAAGGCUUGGGCUUGACGUAGUUGGAGUGUUUUUAGUAAAGAUGUUCCUAGUUAUUGUGUAAAAUAUGCAACUUUAUUUUUAUUGUUGGACUGUUCCAGUAUUGACUUGAAUGCAUUGAGCUAAUUUUUAUGU